AUGGAGGGGAUCCAAACAGCAAACACCACCCCUGACGGGGAAAAACCCCCAAGCAGUAUAUCAGACUCAAUCUUACCUGACCGCCUCCUAGCGAACCCCCUCGCGGGCAAGCAGAGAGCCGAGCUCGAGGAGCUCGGCCGCGACUUCGUCGAUGAGAAGGGGCUGGGCGUGGAAUAUACUCAAUUAUUCCAGCGUGCGGCGGUGCUCGCGCAGAACCCAUUAUCAUUUCGAGAGACAAAUUCAGAGUUCCAGACUGUUGAUAGGCUCAGUACGGAGCGGGAUGAGCUGGAGAGGGAAUUGACGCAUAAGUGGGAUCAGCCCAAGAGCUUGUAUAUGCUCGUGAUAAUGUGUUCAUUGGGCGCUGCUACCCAGGGGUGGGACGAGUGAGUGUCUCCGUUUCUCUUCCUUUAUUUUUGUUACUUUUGUUUUUCUUCUAGGGAUGGUGGCAGUUAUGCUAACCUAUGAUCGAUUUUCUCUCAGAACUGCUGUUAAUGGAGGUUUGUUCGUCAUAUUUCCCCAAGGAUUUUAAUUCCGUUUUAGAUGAAGAUCCUAUCCCCCAUCUAACUAGAAUUGACCAAUAGCAAAUACCUUCUAUCAGAACGCCUUCGGCAUUGGCGAAGAGAAGGACAAAUGGCUUUACGGCGCUGUGAACGCGGCGCCAUAUAUAUGCUGCGCUACGGUUGGGUGUUGGUUUGUGCUUCACCUCGUUAGUUACUCGACUAGGCUCGCGGAAAUAACACGAAACAUAGGCUCACAGAACCCCUAAACCACUACUGCGGCCGCCGUGGCACCAUCUUCAUUGCGUGCGUAAUCAGCUCAAUAACCUGCCUUGCCCAAGGCUUUACGAACACAUGGCAGCAGAUGCUGGCGGCAAGAUUCCUGCUUGGUUUGACCACUUUGAUGCCCAUUUCCCUCCGCUUUCGGAAAGCUGUACUGAUGAGUAAUCAAGGUCUUGGCAUAGGACCGAAGAGUGCAACAAUCCCGGUGUACGCAUCUGAGUGUACUCCUCCAACUAUCCGUGGUGGAUUGGUUAUGAUGUGGCAGAUGUGGACGGCAUUCGGGAUCAUGCUGGGGCUGGUGGUGGACAUGGCGUUGUUCGGCCUUGGUAAUGGUGCAAAUGAGGAUUUGUGCUCGGAGGAGCUGGGGAAUUUGUUGACUUUCAAAUGUGUAUGUAUUCAUGUCCGCACCACCCUAGCGAGAAAGACGAAGCUAAUUAGGUGGUAAGAGUGUAAACUGGCGUUACAUGAUGGUUAGUCCCAUGUUCAUCCCAAUAAUUGUCUGUGCACUCGUAUAUUUUAACCCGGAAUCACCUCGGUAAUUAUGCCCCCCCCUCCGCACUACCUUCAAAAUUAGUUAGCUAAACGAAAAGCGCAGCUGGUACAUUAAAAAAGGCAACUACAAAGCAGCCUUUAAGUCACUGAUCCGCCUCCGCCACUCCGACAUCCAAGCCGCGCGGGAUCUGAUAUACAUCCAUGUCCUCCUAGAAGCGGAGAAACGGAUCUCAAGGCGUCGCAACCGCCUCGUGGAAGUCUUCACAAUCCCGCGGAACCGCCAUGCGCUGCAUGCAUCUUUCAUAGUAAUGCUCAUGCAGCAGCUGUGUGGCGUCAAUGUGUUAAUAUACGUAUGUAAACUUCUUUUUUCCUUGAAACCGUGAUAUAUGAAACCGUGAUAUAUGAAACCGUGAUAUAUGAUAUCGCUAACAAUAGCAGUACUCCUCUGAGGUGCUCAAGGGCACAGACAAUAGCUACAUCAGCAUUCGCAAUGCGCUCCUGGGCAGCAUGGGUAUCGGGAUCAUCAACUUCGUAUUUGCGGUUCCGGCGGUCCGCACGAUAGACACUUUCGGCAGGCGCAACCUUUUGUUAUUCACAUUCCCGUUGAUGGCGCUAUGCAUGCUGCUAACCUGUCUACUGGAUGACCCCGACGGUAACAGCAGGAGACCACUGACUCUCAUCGGAAUGGUAUCCCUCCCCCCUCCGUUCCACUUCAUAUCAUCAACGAUCAUUCGCUAAUAAAAAUUCGCAGUAUCUGUUUGCCGUUGUGUACUCCCCUGGCGAGGGACCUGUCCCUUUCGUCUACUCUGCAGAGUGCUACCCACUCUACAUUCGCGACAUAGGCAUGGCUAUUGCGACUGCCACAACCUGGUUUUUCAACGGACUACUGACGAUCACCUGGCCGCCGCUCCACAAGACGAUAGGGUCGAGCGCUUUCGGGAUUUAUGCUGGACUGAACAUUGUGGGGUUCGUGCUCAUUCUCUUGUUCGUACCUGAGACCAGGAAUCGCACGCUAGAGGAAUUGAAUACGGUUUUCGAAGUGUCGAGUAAGGUUCAAGCGAUGUAUGGGGUUCGUCAAUUUAGGUGGUUCUUUGGAAGGUGGAUAUGGGGGAAGGGGGCGGGUACGAGGCCGAUUUUGGUAGUUGGGGGUAGGGUUGAGGAAGAGCAGAGGAGGGUGGAUGGGAGAGGGGUGGAGUUGCCGGGUCGGAUGUCGGUGGGUGGAGUUGCGAAUGACACUGAGAUCAGAGAUUUUCCCGAGAUCAGAGAUGUUCCCGAGAUCAGAGAUGUUUCCGAGAAGGAAUAA